UAAAGCAAUGGGCAUGGAAAUCCUGGCUUUCACCUCCACUCCUCGGCUCACACCCGAAUCUCGCCGCGACCGUGCCUAUUGCGUGCCCGGGCUCGGCGACCCAGAGGGAACCCUCCCCAGCGAGUGGUUCCACGGCACGACCAAGGACGACCUGAACAAGUUCCUGGCACAGGACCUCGACAUGCUCGUCCUCUCGCUCCCGCUGACCAAGGCCACCGAGAAGUUCAUCUCGACGGAGCAGUUCGACAUCCUGAGCGCCAAGAAGACGUUUGUCGUGAACAUUGCACGCGGCCCGAUCGUCGACACGGAAGCCCUCAUCGAUGCUCUGGAACAGGACAAGAUCCGCGGCGCGGCCGUGGAUGUUACGGACCCGGAGCCGCUGCCUCGGGACCAUGCGCUGUGGAAGGCUAAGAAUUGUUUGGUCACGCCUCAUGUCAGCUGGCAGUCGACGGGACAGUUCAAACGGGUUUUGGACAUCCUCGCUGUGAAUGUGGAGCGGUUCUUCAACGGCGAACAGUUGGUGAAUGAGCUCAAGAGGUGAACAUGGGAACAAGCAUCGAAUUUUACUGGGCUUCAUUACUUGGCGUAUACGGGGGGGUUGCAUACGUGCGUCAGGGGGUUUUCUAGAAUCUCUGGGUAUUUAGACGAUAGUGUAGACUGCAUUUCCUUGUGCAUAACUGCAUGCAUACCAGCCAAGUUGCUUCAGAAGCUGGUCCAAAAACCUACGUCGUACUACUCUUCAAAAUCGGUACAAAAAUGGCCGCUUUUACUCGCC